AUGCCUAACUUGGUGAAUCGGAGACGAAAGAAAAGUAAAAUUAUUGUUGAACCACAAGCGACAAUCAAGAGUGAUUCUACAGAAUCUGAUUAUGAAUUUUCAUCGAAAUUAAAUUAUAAAUAUAACGUAUUGCCCGAAAAGACAACAAAGUCACAUCGUCAACAUAGUAAUACAAAUACUAAUGAUACCGAGAAGCAAGAAGCUUUAAGACUUAGUGCAAACACUCAAAUGGAUAAUGAUGUCACACCAGUGUACCUGGCAGCACAAGAAGGGCAUCUUGAUGUUUUAAAACUUUUAGUUGAGUCUGGAGGUUCACUAUAUGUUAGAGCAAAAGACGGAAUGACAGCAUUACAUGCUGCAAGUCAAAUGAACAGAUUAGAAGUUCUAAAAUGGAUGGUUGAAGAUCAAGGAGUUGAUCCAAAUCUUAGAGAUGGUGAUGGUGCAACAGCACUUCAUUUUGCAGCUUCAAGAGGACACAUGAAUGUUGUUAAAUGGUUGAUCAGUCACGGAGCCAAAUUAUCAGUUGAUAAAUACGGAAAGAGUCCAAUUAAUGAUGCAGCUGAAAAUCAGCAGACAGAGUGCUUGAAUUUGCUUGUUCAACAUAGUGAUUUGGCAAUGUCGUCAUCUACUAGUAAUAAAUUUAAAACGAGAGGAUCUGAGAAGCUUGCAUUGAAUAAUAAUUUUCUCCUUAAAUGUUCAUCAUCAAAUUCUGAUUCCGAACCAUUUUAUCUUCAUCCACCGACGUGCAAUAAACAAGUUAGGGAUUUGAUGUCAGUCAAGCCAGCAUAUGAAUCAACAAGUAGCUGCUCACCAUACUACAAUGCACUCCCAAAUGAUGGAAUCUUUGUGAAUCCAAUGAGAAAUAAUUUUUCACCACCAAGUCCAUGUGGCACCGAGAGCAGUGAAAGCUUUUUCUUGCAUGAUCCACAUGAGGUUAUUUAUAAUCGAGUUAGAGAUAUUUUCGAAUCAGAUACAAGCGUACGAGAGGAGUCAAUUGGUAAAAGUAAUGCGAUGACGGUGCAAGCUGAGAUUCAUUCGAGUAGCAGUGGAACAGUGAGUGAUGAUGAUACACAUGAAAUGAUUCCGAAAAAUGCCGCAUGCGAUAAAAAUAACAACAACAGCAGCUAUCAAGAGAAUGAAAUAGCAACAUUUCAAAAUUCGAAUCAUGAUUAUGAGGAUAUAUAUUUAGUACGUGAGGAAGCAAAAAUUGCAAAAGUGACAUGCGGAAGAAGCCGCUCGAGAGACAGUGGCUCACAUAGUCGAUCAGCUAGUACAAGCUCAACAAGAAGUCACGAAAUUAUUAUACAUACUAAUAUGAAAAUUAUUAAAUCAUCUGAAGAAGAACAAAAUCAAAUAAUGAGAUAUGAAAAGCCAAAAUCAUCAAUAUCUGAAAUGAAUCAAAAUCAUCGUAUGCUUAACAUAGACUCAACAUAUGAAUGUGUAGAGCCGCCAGAUGAAGAAUCUUAUAAAAUUAAAGCGCAUCAUCAAGUGAUGCUUAGCAGUACAUCACCAACAGUGAAAGUUGAAGCACCACCAUUGCCACCUCCACUGCCUCAAUGGAAUCAUUCUGGUAUGCAUAAUAGAAUGCAAAGAAAUUAUAGAAACAGCGAUGAUUCACUUGAUGAUCAUGCAAAUUCGGACCAAGUCAAUGAUCAAGAAUCAGAUUCAGGUUUGGAAGUUGUUGAGGAGUCUACAUUACGUCCAAGUGAAUUAGUUCGUGGCAAUAAUAAUCGCAGUUUAUCGAUGAUUUCAGCGAGCAAGAAAUCCAAACUUAUUAACAAUAAAACCCAACACCAUCAAAGUGAUGAGCAUGUAAACACCAACACCAGCAAUAGUAAAUAUAGUGGAAGAGUUCAUCAGCAACAAACUAGAGCAAAUAUAUUAAAUUCACCAGUUGAUGUUGAGCAAUUCACGAAUCAAGAUCAAGAAAGUUUGUAUAACGGAUCGAUUGACUCGAAAGGACCACGAUUAGUCAACAAGCAAUUGGUACUUCCUAUCAUCACGUUCCCUAAUAGUGCCUCAAAUAGCUCAAAUCAUUUAAUUAAGCCAUCUGAAUAUUUAAAAAGUAUUACAACUGAUAAGAGAUCUGGAGUAGGCUUGAAAAGGUCUCCAGAUAUAGAAGAAUAUAUGCCAAUUAAAUUUAAUGAGAAAGUAUUAAAUCCAACGGAUCAAGACAUAACUGAAAGUAUAAUCGAAAGUGGAUUGAAUACGAAUACUGAAAAUAACAAGAUUGAGUCAAAUAUUCCAAUUCCACCACCAUUGCCUCCAUCAAAUACUGUCAAUCGAAAUCAAAUUAAUCCAUCACAAGAUACAAUCAUUAAGAAACAACAUCAACCAUUAGCAUCAAUAUCCAUACAAGAUUUAAACAGUGUACAGCUGCGUCGAACUGAUAACAAAAUGUUAUCGAAAACAUUUUCAGCACCCACGCGUUCAAUUAGCAUGCAGUGCCUCUCGUCAACAAACGAUCAAUAUACAUCACAAAAUAUGAAAAUUGAUUUGAUUGCUGAAUUAAAGAUGUCAAAGGAUAUAACAGGCAUAAAAAAAAUGAAGGUUGAGCGUGCUAAAAUGGAACGCAAUAGUGAGAUUCCGGAUCGUGACACAUUUGGAAACAUAAUACCUGAUUGGAAGAGACAAAUGCUGGCAAAGAAAGCAGCUGAAAAGGCUAAGAAAGAAUUUGAGGAUAGACUUGCUCGCGAAGCUGAAGACCGACGAUUGUCUGCAAUACCGAAAUGGAAGAGGGAUUUAAUUGCCCGUAAAGAAGAAGCUGAACAUAAAUUAAGGCAAACAAAACCGAAUGAAGAUCAAAAACCUAUGAAUGAUACGUGGAAAAUUCGUACAGCACAUCGUUCGAUGAGUAUCGAUAACAUAAAUUUCUUAUCAUCCCCAUCAUCAUCGUCAAUUAUGAAGCCAUUCAAUGACAAUAGUGAUAAUAAUUCUGAUAUUCAAUGCUAUGAUGUCGAUACGAUUGACACUAAACAAAAGUCCACGCCAGAUUACGAUUCGGGACAUGAGAAUCAAAAGAUUAAUGAGGAUGACAAUAUAAUUCCAUGGAAGAAGUUGCUGAGAAAAACAAAUAGUCGUCUAAACUUAAUUAGCUAGACAAAUUUAGAAUUUUUUUUUCGAUAUCAAAUCGUGGUAACUGAAUGCAAUAUUAAGUUUACGUUAAUAUUUAAAAAAAAUUGACAUAUGCAAUAUUACAAUUACUUCAUGCUAGUUAAUGGUCGAUUGUGAAUUAUAUUGAUUGACUGUGAU